GUAAAAAAAAUCCAAAAAGCAUGACUGAAACAAGGUAAAUGAUGAGACGUUCUGUUUUGAGUAAAGGCCGUCAGGCCUGGAACCAGCGAGGUGCCGGGGACCGGGUCAGGGAUUUGAAAGGAAAACUCGGUGAAAAAGGUGCUGCCAACGAGGAAGAGUACUUUUACAAAAAGCAGCAGCAAGACCUGGAAAACUUAAAGAAGGCCGUCGAAAAGAACAUCGAAGCUCUGGAAAAGGAGAACGAAAGAGAAAUGGAGAUCAUCAACAAGGCGAAAAAAAUCGAUAACAAAGGCAAACAAAAUAAAUAAAAUUUCAACGUUCAAGUUUUAUUAUUUAACUUUUCCAUCGGGCUUCCUCAGUACGACGUUCUUGGCGUUUUUUAUCACCCUGUGGUGCUCCUGGCUCUGUUUCUUGACCUCUUCGAUGCUCUGGGUGAUCUUCUUCUUGAGGUUGUUCAAGUCUUCUUUCUGCUUCUUGUAGAAGUAGUUGUCGUCUUCCGGCUUCUCACCCCUGCCGGAUGAAAAACCCCUUGGGAAAGAGAAAUUAAGCACCCUUGGUUUAAUACGCCUCAUAACAUCACAUUAAAAGCCACUAAAUAUAAAAGUUGAACGGA